AGCAUUGUAUUACACUCUGGUGAAACCUGCAUUGCUGUUUUGUGCAAGGGAUCAAAAGACAACACCAACCUUCUUCGAUGCGGGUCACGCAUGUGACCGUUUGCCGCAGCCCUCGAGUCUGACCUGAAUCAACCAUCCAUCUCGACUCCUCAACAACUCUUCGAUACAACUCAUCUCCAACCAGCGGUUACACCUGUCGAACCAUCCUAUCCUCCUCUUCAUCCAAAUCCUCUACCAACCGCCAUCAUGGGCGCCAUAUCCCUCCCCAUCAAACCCCUCAAACCCGCUCCUCGCCGCCGCCAACUCCCGCUCCUCAUGACCAUCUGCAUCCUCGGCGCCAUGGCCCUCUUCUACAUCCUCCUCGCCAUUGCGCCCUGCAUGGUCGGCGCGACAUGCUACAGAGGCUAUCAGUCCGCUUACAGCUUCGAUGCAGGCGAUGAUAUGCAUCCCGACUGGAUGGGCAAGAUCCCGGAUAGCGUCCAUCUCACCAGCUUGAGCAUCCCUGGCACCCACGAUACCAUGACGUACGAGAUUGGGUCCGAGCAGCUGCAGUGCCAGAACUGGAAUCUCAGCAUGCAGCUGAACAGCGGGCUGCGAUAUCUCGAUAUUAGAGCGAGGUUGAGGGACGACGAGCUGCACAUUUAUCACGCGAACGGGUACACGGGCUUCGGCUACGAGCAGGUCCUCCUCGACAUCUUCGCGUUCCUGGAUGCCCAUCCCUCCGAGACAAUCAUAAUGCGCCUCAAGGAGGAAGGCUCUCCCAUCGGCUCCAACAACUCCAUCUCCUUCGAAGACGCCUUCAACUACCACCACUUCUCCUCCCCCGUCACCGCGCCCGGCUCUGCGAAGCAUCUCCAUAAAUACGAUUUCGCCGCUCCUAUUCCUACUCUCGGUGCGCUCCGCUCCAAGAUAUUCAUUCUACAAAACUUUGACGCUCGUGAUGGCCCAUAUGGUCUUCGCUGGGAAGGCCCGGAGAUGAUCCUGGAAGAUCUAUGGGUCAUCCCAGACGUGUACCACCUCUCUGAGAAAUGGACCGCUAUCCGCGACGCUCUCGAAUACGCUGCGCUAUCGCCGGAUGAUAACCGCUACCUCUACUUGGCGCAUACAUCCGCCUCGGUGGGCGUUCUCCCCAUCGAAGCUGCUGCUGGACCGAUGAACAGGACGAUCCAGGGCAUGAAUGACAUGACGGGACAGUAUCUCGAGGACGCUUCCGGCAACGAUGAUUUGGCAAGGGUUGGCGUGGUGAUUAUCGAUUUUCCAGGAAAGAAGCUGAUUAAGACGGUUUUGAGCUGGAAUGCCUGGCUGAAUUGAUUGUACUUGGCAUUUACACAUUGGGUUUUGCAUUCUUUGAGCUGAGACAUGGCGUUUGUUAUUUGGAUCGACUACUACAUACAUACAUACAUACAUACUCUCACGUACACACGAUAUAUAUGCUACAGAUAGCUGGGGCACUGGGAACUAGAGCAGGGCUUGGAAUUUAGAUACAAAUCUCUUGGAUAAACCAGACCAAACCAAACC